GGGUAACUUGAAGUAAGUGCUUGGAUUUGCAGAGAUCGGUUUCUAUAAAUGUGUAUAAAAAUGAAUAUUUGCAGGCUUAGAACCAUUCUACUGACGGUAAUGCUUGGGAAUGUCACAUUAAUUUUCGUGAACGCUGCCCCGGUUGAUAAUGACAGUGCCACAGUCACGAUACUCAAAUUCGAGAACAUAAACAAGGAAAAUGGAUAUGAAUUCAGUUAUGAGACGAGUGACCAGCAAACCCGAAAUGAAGUUGGAACGUACAAAACAGAUUCGGAGGGCAAGGUGUAUUUAGAUGUGCGAGGGACUUACAGUUACGUCUCAUCGGAUGGUCAGACUCUCUUGGUAUCUUACAUCGCUGGCAAGGAUGGAUUCAGACUGAUCUCGAAGCCAAUUCCGGAAAAACUACCUAACUCGAAGCAAAAAAUUCCGGAAAAACUACCUAUCUCUUUGGUAGGAUAA